AUGGCCAGCAGCAAGGCGUCAGCUCGGCAAGCGGGGGUGCAGAAGCCUUCGGCGAAUGACGUGCCCCCCACGAUGCCCCCGCUGCAAACAAGCAGCAGCAGCAGCAGCAGCAGCAGCAGCAGCAGCAGCAGCAGCAGCAGUAGCAGCCUAAGCAAGCAACUCCAAAGGGAUGCUGGACACGUGUGGGAGGCCCCCCCCGCUUGUUGCUCCUCUGCAAGGAACCUGUGGCUGUUGCACCCGCUGCUGCAGCGCGCUCAGCAGGUGUUUACUGCGGUUGAAACUGAGCUGCAGAGGACGCUGCAGCAGCAGCAGCAGCACGUUGGCUCCGCUGCGGUGAGGGAUCUACAGACUUUCGCCGACCUCCUCUCCUCUCUUGUGUGCACCCAAGGAGGCCCUCACAACCCCCGCACGGCUCGCGAUGCGGAGACUCCCUCUGAGAGUCUUCCUUUACGGUGUCAUCGCAAGUGCUUGGCAGACACAGCCUUUGCUCACUCUCUGUGCCAAGCCUCACCGAGUCUCCUGACGGCAGCAACCCUCGCCUCGACACCAGAGAACCCCCCUCUGGGAGCCUUGUCAGACAGCGACGCGCCAGCAGCACGUAGCGAGAUCUUUGUUUCUAGCGUUGCCAGAGGUGAAAAACGCACCAGGGGUUUCUGCAUGCAGGCAGAACCGCCGGAUCUGACACUGGCAGCUCCUGCAGCUCUGCAUCAUCCCCAGCAGCGACGACUUAAGCGAGCACAACUUCGAGAGGCGAAUGCCGUGCAUGCCUCUGCUGUUGCUGCUGCGGCGUCACCGGCGCAAGCAUCGCUUGGUGCGCAUGCAUGCAGCACUUCUUCGUGUUUUUCGACAUCCCUUUCGCUGCCCCCCCCCCCCCAAGAAACUUCUACUUCCAAGGCAGAAACAACACUCCCGCCAGAGAGGCCGCCUCCCCCGCCACUGCCUGCGUCUCCAUCGUCUUCCGUCGAGCAACUCUUUCUUCCUACAGCGCGCGAGCCGCCGCUUGUGCCCCCUCCGCCCCCCCCUGCUCCUCGUCGGAUGGCUGCGAAAGUCGCGAAGCCUCCCGCAACUGCUACCCCAGCAGUAGCAGCACAGUCUGCAGGCGUGCUUGAUGCUCGCACGUUACGUUCGAGAGACUUGACAGAGUCAAGUCUCUCGGCGGAGGCGCUGGAGGCACUCACUGCCCUAAACGCGAAGGAACGGGCAGAAGCUCUCGAUCUUGUUAGCGCCUUGUCGCUGACAACUGCUCUCGACGCCGGCGCGCAGCUGUCUCCCGGGGGAAGCCAAGCCAGCAGCGCUGCUGCGGGCUGCAUGCACAAGGAGUCGUCCGAGGCGGAGUGCAGACACGACGUCGAGGAGGCGUUGGAUCCAGACGCGAGGUGGCAAAAGCUGCAGCGGAGGGCGGGAACGGAUAAACCAGGGAGGGCAGAGGAAAUUCAUUGCUCCGCAGAACCGGCGUCUGCCCAAAGAGCCGCUCUCCCAACCGCGUCCUCCAGGAAAACAGAAUCGCAGCCCAACCCUUCAAAAGACUCAGACGCAGAAGAAGGGGAAAUAUCGGACUAUGAGCAGCCAAAGUAUCUUCCCGCCUCCUUUAGAGGGCCCUCCUCCUCGCCUGCCGCGCCUGCGGGGGGGAAUUUUGGCGCUAGACAGCAUCGCGAAGAGUCUGUUGCGGAGCAUAGCGCGGGAGGCAGAGAGGAGCGCCUGGGUGCCUGUGGAAAAAACAGUUUUUCCGUUUCCUCUGCUAGCGCGGCUUCGCCGCAGUCCGAGGCGUCUGCAGCGCCAGACGCGAGUGUGCUCGACGCGCUGAUCGCCGCAAGGCCCCUCUCUUCAGAAGCAGUGCUCGCUAAUCUGUACAGCUUGAAGAAAUCAGAGGCGGCGCGUCCACAACCCCAAACGCAGCGGAAGCCAAAGCGUCGCACGCAGGAGGCCGAGGAAAGGCACAGGCAGCGAUGGGCAGAAAUCCGACAGAGAAGAGCGCAGGCAGCGGCAAAGCGACAGCAUUCAAAGGGGAUCCCUGUCGUUGGGGGCAACAAAGAGGAGCUUUUAAGGCCCCCCCCGCCUCCUUUAGUGCCUUGCCCCCCCCCGUUCUAG